CAGGAAGCCGCGGGAGGUUUAUGGACUGUGCAGCCACUACGGCCAAUUGGACCUAACGCAGAGCCGUCCCGAGAGUGCAGGUGAUGCGGCUGGCUCCUGAACAGACUGGCGCCGUCCUGCCCCAUGGACGCCUCCUCUAGCCCUUGGAAUCCCACCCCGGCUCCUGUCAGCAGUCGUUCCCUGCUACUCCCCAUCCCUGCCAUCGUCUUCAUCGCUGUGGGCAUCUAUUUGUUGCUGCUAGGCCUAGUGCUGCUGACUAGGCACUGCCUGCUGGCCCAGGGCUGCUGCACCGACUGCAGCUACCCCUGCAGGAAGCAAGCUGCCUCCAGGCCCCAGGACUGUUGCUGGACCUGUGCAGAAGCCUGCGACUUCCCUCUGCCCAGCCCAGCUCACUACCUGGAUGCCUGCUGCCCCCAGCCCACUGAAGCUGGUUGGGCCCCUCGUUGCCCUCCUUGCUGCCCACUCUGCGAUUGUGCCUGUGCGUGCCAACUUCCCGACUGCCAGAGCCUCAACUGCCUCUGCUUUGAGAUCAAGCUCCGAUGAAGACCCAAAGCCCCUGCCCUCUGGGGAGUGGCCAGCCCCCAGGGCCCAUGUGCCCUCUUCCCUGAGGGGCCUCAGGACUCCUUUCUCCAGGCCGCUGAGACCACAAAUGAGCUGCCUGGCUCCCUGGCCUGGGAACCAGCAGUGGAGAACUUGGUUCUCGGCAGAGUAAGACUCAGAGCCCUUGGCUGGCUAGACUGCAACCCUUUCAUAGGGCCCACAGAGAGAGGGGCUAGUGUUCUGUCUGGCAGAUUCCCCUGCUCUCCUUUUCCCCUCCCCAAGCAAGCUCAAGUUUGAAGGUAAGGGUGGGGGGCACUGCUAACCAUAGACAACAUUAUGGGAGGAAUUUGGGCCUUAAGUAUCAGGAUAUAAGGGUACCCUAGCAUACACGGUCCAUGGGCUCUUGGUUAUUUUGAGGUGUGAGUGUAAUGCCGGCAUCUGCUCUCCCUGGAAAGAAGUGGGCUCCAGCCCUGACCGGUGUGGCUCAGUGGGUUGGGCCUCCUCCCACAAAGUAGAAGAUCACCCAGGUUUGAUUCCUGUUCAGGGCACAAUGCCUGGGUUGCAGGUUUGGUGUGGAAGGCAACUCAUCGAUGUUUCUCUUGUGCAUCAAUGUUUCUACCUCUUUCUCCCCACCUUCCCAUCUCUCUAAAAAUAAAUCAGAUCUUAAAAAAAAAAAAAGAAAAAGAAGUGGGCUCUAGAGAAUUGUAACAGCCCCCAUCAGAGCCCAGUAGGAAGGGCAGGAAAUCAGAGGAAGAGGCAGGGAGGGCCACAUGAUGAGUCCCCUUUCCCCUUCUUUCCUCACAGAUCCCUGUCCAAAGAUUUAUUUCCUUUUUGAGGGCCUCAGUCUGGAUUUCCAAGGAAGAAAUUUCCU